CACAUUGUUUUCUUUUCUUUUCUUUCCCCCCCUUUUCCGCCGUCGAACUCAAAGCUCGCGACGCGCGCCGAUGGCUCGACCGUUUCCCGGCACUUCAGGACGCGGUGCAGUUUCAAACUCGGGAAGCGGAUUCGUCUGAACUGAGCCGGGGCUCCGUACAGGUCGACGACGGAACAAGUUGUAAGCGAGAUAAAGGAAUCCGGAUCAGCCUCGCUCCCGCGGAGGUCCACGUCAAGAUGUCUGUCAGUAACCACGAAAACAGAAAGUCGCGCUCGAGUUCCGGCUCCAUGAAUAUCCAACUCUUCCACAAGACGUCCCAUGCCGACAGCCUGUUGACUCAACUCAACCUGCUGCGCAAACGGAAAGUCUUCACAGAUGUUGUCCUGAAGGCCGGAAACCGCUCCUUCCCCUGUCACCGGGCCGUCCUGGCGUCCUGUAGCCGUUACUUUGAGGCCAUGUUCAGCGGUGGGCUCAGGGAGAGUCGCGACGCCGAAGUCAACUUCCACGACUCUCUCCAUCCGGAGGUGCUGGAGCUCUUGCUUGACUACGCGUACUCGGCCCGCGUCAUAAUCAACGAGGAAAACGCAGAGUCACUCCUAGAAGCCGGAGACAUGCUUCAGUUCCACGACAUCAGGGACGCAGCAGCGGAGUUUCUAGAAAAGAACCUCCACCAGUCAAACUGUCUGGGGAUGAUGCUGCUGUCAGACGCCCAUCAGUGUCAGAGACUGUAUGAGCUGUCGUGGAGGAUGUGCCUGGCCAACUUUGCUACUCUAUUCAGGACAGAGGACUUCCUCAGUCUGCCCAGAGACAAAGUCCAGGAGCUAAUUCUCAGCGAGGAACUGGAGGUGGAGGAUGAGAGCCUUGUGUACGAGGCCGUUAUUGACUGGGUUAAGGCAGACAUGGAGCGGAGGGACAGCGAGCUGCCCGAGCUGCUGCGCUGUGUCCGCCUGGCGCUGCUCCCUGAAACGUACCUGCUGAAGAACGUGGCUUCAGAGGAGCUGGUGAUGUGUCACAAGGUGGGCCGGGAGAUUGUUGAAGAUGCCGUGCGGUGUAAGAUGAGGAUCCUCCAGAACGACGGUAUUGUAACAGGGUUCUGUGCCCGGCCAAGAAAGGUCAGCCAGGCGCUGCUGCUGCUGGGAGGACAGACCUUCAUGUGUGAUAAAGUCUACAUGAUCGACAACAAGACCAAGGAGAUCACCCCCAAAACGGACAUCCCCAGCCCCAGGAAAGAAUGCAGUGCCUGUGCUAUUGGUUGCAAGGUGUACGUUACCGGAGGGCGAGGCUCUGAGAACGGAGCCUCCAAAGAUGUCUGGGUCUAUGACACAUUACAUGACGAGUGGUCCAAAGCAGCCCCAAUGUUGGUAGCCAGAUUCGGACAUGGUUCUGCGGAGCUCGACCACAUGCUGUAUGUUGUGGGAGGACACACUUCUCUUGCAGGAUCCUUCCCCGCCUCUCCAUCUGUGUCUCUCAAACAGGUGGAACAGUACGACCCUCAGACCAAUAAAUGGACCCUGGUGGCUCCUCUCAGAGAAGGGGUGAGCAACGCUGCCGUCGUUGGUGCCAAAAACAAACUUUUUGCCUUCGGGGGGACCAGUGUCAACAGAGACAAGUAUCCCAAGGUGCAGUGCUUUGACCCUUGCCAGAACCGGUGGUCUGUACCGGCCGCCUGUCCGCAGCUGUGGCGAUACACAGCCGCAGCUGUAGUUGGCAACCAUGUUGUAGUGAUCGGCGGCGACACUGAAUUCUCCGCCAGCUCUGCUUACCGGUUCAACAGUGAGACGUACCAGUGGUCAAAGUUUGGUGACGUGACAGCCAAACGGAUCAGCUGCCACGCCGUGGCGUCAGGAAACAGACUAUAUGUGGUUGGGGGAUACUUUGGGGCUCAGAGGUGUAAGACACUAGACUGUUAUGAUCCAUCGUCAGACUCUUGGGACAGCGUGACCAGUGUGCCCUACUCACUCAUUCCCACUGCCUUCGUCAGCACAUGGAAGUACCUCUCGGCAUAGAGGGACGCGCUGUCUGAGGUUUCUACGAUCGGCUGUGGUGCCUGGUAUGCAGUCUCGCGUCGCUGGCUGCAGAGAGGAGGAGGAGGUGGAGGAAGAGGAAGGUUUUGUGUAUUCCUGCCGUGGCUCCAUCCAGCCUGAUUCACAUUAUCUUCAUCUGCAGAGGAGCGAAGGCCUGAGCCCUGGAAACGGCCAAGAGACUGGAAGUCUGCAGCUUCUUUCCACCUGAUCUGUUUACUCGCCGUUCUUGUGUAACUUUCCCAUGUAGCCACAAGCCUGAGCUGGACUCGUUGCCAUGUAUACUGCAGGGACUUCACAGACCGAUAGCACAGAUGUGUGCUCUGGGCAUCUGCCUCAGAUUUCCAGACUCCUGGGUCAAAUAAGCUACUGUGACUGUAUCAGCCCUGCACUGCUCAACUAACUCACUCCAUCAUCAAACUCCAUCAUCUCACCGGUAGAUUACCAGUUUAACAGACUCUGAAAGGACUCAUUAGUGUCUCUCACUGACGUGUUGUUUCACAGUGAACUAAAGAGGAAAGUCAGCUGUCCUUUGUUGUGGUUCUUCUCCCCUCCUGGCACUGGGCAUUUACUCAGGUGUAAUUUAUUUGGACUGCUGAUAGACUGAAUUAGACCUUCGCUCUGCCAGGCAUAUGGGGAACUAGAGAAGACAUUUGGGGAAGUGUAUGAUUUUGUGCACAGAAACAAUCUUCCUGUCUGUAUUUUUAGAUGUUGGACUUGGGCUUCCCUCAAUUUUGGUGAGCUAAAUUUGUAUCUUCCUCCUCAUAUACAAGCUCGCAAGACAGAAUGUGUCCCAUUACGGCUGAAGAAGAUACUUUUCUGUUUCAAGUUGUUAUUUCAAACUAUGAUUUUGUCAUUUUUUUUUGUUUUGUGUCUCAGGGUUAUGUAUGGUUUUGCCUGUAUGUGUGCAAGGAAGAGUAACCUUUUUGUUUUAUGUCUUUUCUGUUCUGAAUACUUUUCUUGUGAAUGUACUAGUUUUGUGAUAAACAAUUUUACAGAACUCUCUCAUUUUAGAAUACAUUCUUACAUUGUGAAAAUAUAUGAUCACUCUUAAUAGCAGUGGUCAUACUUAAAACAUAAAUAUUGCCAAAACCUGAAUAGCUAACCUUAGUGUUAUUUUGGAUUUAAAUAACGAAAGCUAGGUGUUUCCACAGUAGGUAACUCUGUAGCUAUAAUAUUUGAGUAUCUUUAAUGGAAGUCUUUUGUGUGUCUACUUUGUAUAUUUUCUUUGUAUUUAAUUCGUAGAAGCUUUUGAUUUGCACAGUUUGUACAAAGAAAUCUCUUAAUGGUCUUAAUUUUUGUAUUUGGUCUUAAGCCAGCUUGGUUAGUGUGAAUAAUCAAAUCCUUUUUGUAGCACAUAAUUGAGUCAUGUCUCUCUCAACAAUCUAUAUUUCUGUGCAGUUUUCCAAUAUAUCAAAUAUACUGGUAUAUUAAGCUAUUACUGAUACACCAUCUAUUACUUCAUGUUCUACAGCUCCU